AUGAUAUGCCUGAUUAUGCCGAAUAUUACGCAAGCGGAGCGAGCUAGUCGUUUGGCGACAUGGACUGUACAACGACAAUGCAGCUAUUCCAUCGCCCCUGACCAUCUCAACUGGGAAGGGGAUUCCAGAAAACGACGCAAUCUUUCCGAAGCUGUUCACGACGGCCUUGCAGUGGGUGAUGAAAUCACUGGACUGGGAUGA